AUGGAUUUCAAGAGCUUGGGCAAGGGCUUCAGCGACCUGGGGGCUCAGAUCACCCCGUUUGCUUCCCGCACUUUCCAAUUCACCAAGGAACAGCUUGGCCAGGCCGAUGAUAAGACCGAGCUUCCUCCCGACUAUAUUGAUCUCGAGAAGCGAGUCGAUGCAUUGAAGCAAGCUCACCAGAAGAUGCUCGCUGUGACCUCACAAUACUCUACUGAGGCCUACGACUAUCCCCCCAACAUCAAGGAGACCUUCCAGGACCUUGGACGCACCGUUAGCGAAAAGGUCACCCUUCUCUCGUCCGCGACAUCCCCUGCCGAGGCCCAGGCCGCUCUUGUUGCCCCCCCUACCGCCAAGCCGCAGCCCAAGACCUUCAGCCACGCCAUUGCUCGCGCCAGUCUGGCUAGCAGCCAGCUGCUGCACCAGAACCACACAGGCGCUGGAGAGGAUCCUCUUGCCACUGCUUUGGAGAAGUAUGCGCUCGCCUCUGAGCGUGUCGGCGAGUCCCGCCUUGCUCAGGAUUCUCAGAUCCAGAGCCGCUUCCUUGCUGGCUGGAACACCACCUUGAACACCAACCUCAACUUCGCUACCCGAGCUCGCAGGAAUGUGGAGAACUCCCGCCUGUCGCUCGAUGCCAUCAAGGCACACGCCAAGGGCACUACCUUCAAGCUUGGCCACAGCAACCAGCAUUCUCAACCUGGCGAUGAGCAGGAGCUCAGCCCAGAGGCUCAGGAGGAGGUCGAGAAGGCUGAGGAUGAGUUUGUUACCCAGACAGAGGAAGCUGUCGGUGUCAUGAAGAAUGUUCUGGACUCUCCCGAGCCCCUUCGCAACCUGUCCGAGCUUAUCUCGGCACAGAUUGAGUACCACAAGAAGGCAUACGAAAUUCUCACUGAGCUUGCUCCUGUGAUUGAGGGUCUUCAGACUGAGCAAGAAGUAGGUCUCGCUUCUGCGUAUGCUGCGUUAUAA